AUGUCAGUAAAACAAGACAAGCCUUUGCAAAAAUUAAACGUUGACGAUCACCCCUCAAUUCCACCUGAGCCUCAGAAUCUGACAAUCAUCAUUUUCGAUUCAGGCCACAUUAAUCGAGUGAUCGCAACUGCGUACAUAGAGGUCAUCGAGGCUAACGACAAUCCGCCAAUUAUUCAUGUUCAACCUUCCACAGGCCCUGGUGAAGUGCUCGAUCAGACAAUGGGAGUCUUGUCACUCGUGUCUCUUCAAGCACCCGUAGUAGAUGCUACGGAUGAAGGCUUCUGGUUCCAUAUCGAUUCGAAAUCGUCCGCGAAUGAAAUGUUUGGGAUCGAAGCGAUUACUGAAAACACAGCUCGUCUUCAGUUAAUAUCGCGUCUGGAGCGAGAUACCCUUCUAGAACUCUUGAAGAAUCCAGACACAUCUCCUGUGCCUUCUCCAAUUCUUCCCUCUAACAAGGAUGGCAAAGUUCGGUGGCCAAUAAUCUUGAGUGUCAACGAUAAGCUGAUGCCAUCUCUAACUUCAACAAGUACACUGACUCUUACAGUAAUCACCAAAGGACCAGUGAUUCCAGCAGAUGAACUUUCGGGGUAUUAUGUUCCCGAUAACUCCUCCCCAGGAACUCCAAUUUUGCCUCAAUUCAUUCAAGCAAUAGAUCUCGACUACCCAAGUGCAUUAACUGACAUCGCUUAUGAUAUCAGCUCCUAUUCUGCCCAAGCAUUAAGGCUUUUCGAAAUCAUCAAUAGUACAGCUGGAAAAUUUAGUCUUGCUUUGCGGACAACUAUCUCGAGGGAAGUUGAAGGAGCUUCUUGCUUUUUCGUGCCGAUAAGUGCUUCCAUUCCGAGUUUGACCCGAACCGCCACUUCAACCCUGACAGUGACAGUUACAACUGACAACCCUCCUGCUCCAGGAAAUGGAGAGGGAAAAUUGGAAGUCUUUAUUCCAUCGGAUACGUGGCGAUGGCCUUACGCGAAUGCACUGCCAAAUAUACCAAUUGCUGCAAUGCCAGUGACGGAAGUUUACAGUUGUGAUCGAGUCAAUCGGGUUUUCAAAUUUAUUCCGCAAAAUGAGAAUGACCUCUUGUUUAAAGUGACCGAUGAUGGCGUACUCUACCUCAUGACUGCUUCGCCACCUGGAGAUUUCUCCGUGGAAGCUGCGAUUUCCACACGAUUCGAUCAAACUCUCCCCAACGCUACCAGUUCACUUAAAGUCCGUAUAAAUUGGAUUCCUGCCAGCGGUUUCACAAAUGGAAUUAUGAUUAGAAUUCAAAAGGCCACGUGGGAAUGGUUUGUAGAACGGUCUAAUUCCUCUGAUGUAAGGUUUCAUUAUGGAUACGCAAUCAGAACUUUAAUUUAG